AUGAUGGAUGAGACUGUAGUCCGAGAACAAGCCGUAAAAUCCUUAAUAUCAAUCUCCAACGUCCUCCCAGACAGCGACAUUAUCAAUCUCCUCGUCCCUUGUGUUUUGAAGCUUUCUGCUGCUGAAAAUUUUUCCUCAAGGAUCUCUGCUGUCACUCUAUUUGGAGCUGCUUACCCAAGGAGUGGGAAUUUCAAAGAAAAACUGAGACAAAAGUUUUUAGAACUGAGCCAUGAAGAUACUCCUAUGGUAAGGAGAGCUGCAGUUAUUGAAAUGGGCAUUUUUGCAAAAGUCGUAGAAAAACAGUUUUUGAUUUCUGAAUUAAUCCCAGAUAUAAGGCAGCUUGCACAAGAUGAACAAGACCAGGUCAGAACUUUGUGUGUAGACUCUAUGAUUGAGGUAGCAAGGCUGCUAAAUAAAGAAGAAAACAAGCUGCACACCUUACCAAUCAUCCUUUUAGUAGGUGAAGACAAGUCGUGGAGGGUCAGGUACCAUUUCGCUCAAAAAUUCCCACAGCUUGCUGAAGCAUUAGGAAAAGAAAUCACAGAAAAUUCCCUCAUACAAACUUUUGUGCAGCUGCUGACCCCCCCCCCUCCGUGAGUGAACAAAACCAUUAGAAAAAUCGCUAUUUUUUGCCCAAAAACCCACCCUCCGUGAGUGAACAAAAAUUUUUUUAAUACAAAAAUUUUUUAUGGAAAAAAAAUUUGAUAUAUAAAUGAUAAUUAGUAUAAUGAAAUCUAGAGCUAAUUCUGUUUAAUUUUAAACGAAUUGCUUUUUAAAACAUAAAUUUUAUAAAUUAAAUUAAUAUUUGCUUUCCAAUUUUUGCGAAUUAGGAUUUUUUUAAAUUUCGAAAAAAAAAAUAUUUUUUAUAAAAUUUAUAUAUAAAUUGUUUUAAAAAAAAAAAUUAACCCCCCUCCGUGAGUGAACAAAAUUUUUUUGUUCACUCACGGAGGGGGGGGAGUGAGAGAUAUAGAAGCAGACGUCAAAUCUAUAGCUUUGCAUUCAUUGAAAAGUACAAUGAACUUGAUAAACAGAGAAAAAAUACAAAAUUUAGUGUUUCCUACUGUAGAAGCUAUAUCUUCUGACGUCUCUUUAAAUCCUAAGGUGAGGAAAAACUGUGCAGAGGUGAUUGCUGAGAUGGUCCAAUAUGUAGGCAGAGAGUUCGCUUCGUCAAAAAUUGCUCCAAUUGCCCUUGUUCUGAUGAGUGACGAGAGCUUUGAAGUCAAAAUGAAAAUGGUAGAAGGCCUAGGCAACCUAGCAUCUGUGAUUGGGACUGAGCUGCUUUCACCACCUAUUAUAAAUCAAAUGGUAUCUUUAGUUAAAGAGUCCCCACAGUGGAGACUGAGGAAAACCGUCAUUAAAAGCUGUGUUGACAUCACAAGACAUCUAGGAGAAGAGGCCUUUAUUAGACACUUGCAGCCUAUCUAUAUGUCAUUUUUAACUGAUCCAGUAAACGAUGUCAGAGAAGCUGGCAUCGAAGAACUAAACAUAUUAGCCACAGUAAUGACACCAGAGUGGACAGUUGCUGAAUUUUUGACGAAAUUAGAAGAAAUCUACCACAGCCAAGCCAACUGUAUUGCAAGAAUUACAAUCCUUAGAGCUAUGGGCAGCAUCUAUGUAAACCCAGACCAGUACGUCCCAAUCUUCAAUGAAGCUGCCAGAGAUAAGGUCGCCAAUGUUAGGCUGAUUUUGUGCAAGGUCAUAAAGAAACUUUCUAGCAAAAUUGAUGUCUCGCAAUUUAGGAAUCUCUUGCAAGAUCUAUCCAGAGAUGCUGAUAAAGAUGUCAAGUAUUACGCUCAGCAAGCUUUAAGAUAG